UGCCACGGCUCGGAGUGCGACAGGCGGGGAGGUCCCGCGUGUGGCAGAGGGUGACGGUGCCUCUCCACGGGCGGUGGGUGCGUGGCCGACCCUGAAUGUCCCGUCCAGGCCCCGGGGAUGCCUCCUGUGCCCGCCGGGGCACCGGGCCGAGCCGAGCUGAGCCGUUCCGUGACAAGCUGGGAUGUGCCCUGCCGCUCCGCUCGGUUCCUAUCGAUGCCAGCUGUGCUGAUGGAGCCCAGCAAGCUGAGCCCGCUGAUCCGGGAUGUGUACGCGGCCGCCGGCCGUGUCCAGCAGGGCUCGGCGCGGAGGGGCAGCGGCUGCCGGGAGCUGAUGGUCAGGCUGACCGAGGGGCAGUACGUGCUGUGCCGCUGGACCGACGGCCUCUACUACCUCGGCAAGAUCAAGAGGGUGAGYGGCUCCAAGCAGAGCUGCCUCGUCACGUUCGAGGACAACUCCAAGUACUGGGUGCUCUGGAAGGACAUCCAGCAUGCCGGCGUCCCGGGGGAGGAACCCAAGUGCAGCAUCUGCCUGGGGCAAACAUCGGGCCCCAGGAACGAAAUCCUCAUCUGUGGSAAGUGCGGGCUGGGUUAUCACCAGCAGUGCCACAUCCCGGUGGCGAGCGGCGCCGAGGGCCCGCUGGGGACGCCGUGGUUCUGCCGCCGCUGCAUUUUCGCCCUGGCCGUGCGGAAAGGGGGUGCCCUGAAGAAGGGAGCCAUUGCCAGGACGCUGCAGGCCGUGAAGAUGGUGCUGUCCUACAACCCCGAGCUGCUCGAGUGGGACUCCCCGCACCGCACCAACCAACAGCAGUGCUACUGCUACUGCGGGGGCCCCGGAGAGUGGUACCUGAAAAUGCUGCAGUGCUACCGCUGCCGGCAGUGGUUCCACGAAGCGUGCACCCAGUGCCUCAGYGACCCCAUGAUGUUUGGAGACCGGUUCUAUGUGUUUUUCUGCUCCGUGUGCAACCAGGGACCCGAAUACAUCAAGCGUCUGCCCUUGAGAUGGGUGGACAUCGUCCACCUCGCCCUCUACAACCUGGGUGUGCAGAGCAAGAAGAAAUACUUYGACUUCGAGGAGAUCUUGGCCUUUGUGAACCACCACUGGGACCCGCUGCAGCUCGGGAAGCUCACGGGCACCCCCAUCUCGGAGCGCGGCCCCCACCUCCUCAACGCCCUCAACAGCUACAAGAGCAGGUUUCUGUGCGGGAAGGAGAUAAAAAAGAAGAAAUGCAUCUUCCGCCUGCGGAUCCGCGUGCCCCCGAACCCCCCCAGCAAAGUGCUGCCGGAGAARAGCCCCGGCGAGGGCGAGGGCAGCUCCUGCGAGCUGAAAAAGAAAGGAAAGAGCAAAUUCCCCGAUAAGGACAGCCUCCUGCCGCGGCAGCUGCAGCAGCACAAGCGGCGAGCGCGGCGCAAGAGGGCCAAGUUCCUGCUGGAGGAUGCCAUUCCCAGCAGCGACUUCACCUCSGCCUGGAGCACCAACCACCACCUGGCCAGCAUCUUCGACUUCACUCUGGAUGAGAUCCAGAGCCUGAAAAGUGCCAGCUCAGGACAGACUUUCCUGUCGGACCUGGACUCCACRGAUGCCACCAGCACCUCAGGCUCGGCCACCACGAGCCUCUCCUAYGAGUCCAGCCGCAGGACCGUGGGCAGCCGCAAGCGCAAACUGUCGGUGCCAGCCUACGCCUCGGGGGCCAAGAGGAGAGGCGGCGAGCUGGGAGGGCGCCCGGCCCCGGCCACCCCCGAGGGCAGCGAGGCUGCGGCCGUAAAUGACCGCCCCGACGACGGCAUCGACAGCCACACCUUCGAGAGCAUCAGCGAGGACGACUCGUCGCUGUCRCACCUCAAAUCCUCCAUCAGCAGCUAUUUCGGCGCCGCGGGCCGCCUGGUGUGCGGGGAGAAGUACCAGGUGCUGGCGCGGAGGGUGACGCUGGAGGGGAAGGUGCAGUACCUGGUGGAGUGGGAAGGCACMACCCCGUACUGAGCCCCGCCAGCCCCGGAGCCUCUCCCGGAGCCGGAGCAGAGGAGAGCAGGCCGGGGGAGCCCUUGUGAGGCACAGGACAGGCUCACCCAGGCCGGCGGUGCUGCCCGGCAGUGAAAGMUGCAGCCCUGACAGCGCUUUUUGAACGAUAACCAUUUCAGUCUCUCGGCUGUUUCUCCYGAUGGAGCCUUUGGCCGAGCCCGAGGCACCGUCCGGGGCUGGGCAGAGCAGGGAGGGGGUCUGGCCCUUCCGGAAGGGUCUCCCUGGCACAGCUGGAGCAGGGACACCCC